AUGACACGUUUCAAGCUCCCCGCCGUCCGCCUCCCCAAGGCCAUCCAGGCGGUCCCCGCCCCGGCCCUCCGCCUCAUCGGCCUGCUGGUCUUUGUCAACAUCCUCGUCUGGGCCGGCGCCGGCAUCACGCUGCACUUCUUCCCCAGCCUCAUCACGCCCGCCGUCCUGGCCUACACGCUGGGCCUGCGCCACGCCCUCGAUGCCGACCACAUCUCCGCCAUCGACCUCAUGACCCGGCGCCUCAUCGCCUCGGGCCAGCGCCCCGUCGCCGUGGGCACCUUCUUCAGUCUCGGCCACUCGACCGUCGUGAUCGUCACGUGUAUCGUCGUGGCGGCCACGUCCGGGGCGCUGAGGGACCGGUUCGGCGACUUUCAGAGGAUCGGCGGCAUCAUCGGCACCAGCGUGUCUGCGGCUUUCCUGCUGCUUCUCUCGGCGGGUAACGGGUGGAUCCUCUGGAGGCUUGUCCAACGCCUUCGCGCCGUGCUCGAGGAGCAGCGGCGCCGGAGGGAGUCCGGGAGCGACGCCGAGGAGGUUGAGGGUGCGGACGCCGAUUCCAGUGCUGCAGCGCUACAACUCGAGGGCAUUGGCUUUAUGUCGAAAGUGUUUCGUAAGCUCUUCCGCAUCGUGGAUCGGCCGUGGAAGAUGUUCCCAUUAGGUCUCCUGUUUGGGCUGGGCUUCGACACAAGCUCUGAAAUCGCCAUCAUCGGUAUCGCCAGUGUUCAGGGGGCGCAGGGGACGAGUCUCUGGGUGAUCCUCAUCUUUCCUAUUCUCUUCACCGCUGGCAUGUGCAUGCUCGAUACAACGGAUGGAGCCUUGAUGAUGGCGCUCUACACCUCCAAGAGCUUCUCGCGAGAUAUUGUUGCGAUUCUGUACUACUCUAUUGUGUUGACAUCCAUCACAAUCUUUGUCUCGGCCUUCAUCGGUAUUAUCCAGGUUCUGUCUCUUGCCCAGAAUGUGGCGGAGCCGGAGGGCCCAUUCUGGGACGGGCUCUCUGCCAUUAGCGACCACUACGAUGUCAUUGGCGGUUGCAUCUGUGGGCUGUUCCUUCUCGUUGGCAUUGGUUCGGUACUAGUGUACAAGCCUUGGAGGAAGAGAAUGGAUCGGGAAAGAAGUGAGACUUCUGCUGAGACUCCUAUUUUGGAAUAA